UACAUCGAUGCAAAAUAAUAUUGCUUAAUUGAAGAAUUAAAAUAAUAGUGACCUAGUUUGGUAUUUACUUUGACUUUAAUUUUAUAUGUGAGUUAAGUGCUACAAACUAUAAUUUGAUUAAUUAUGACAAUAAGUGUGUACAACGACGAGUAAUAUGGACAGCAGCCCCUUUAACCGGAGCGGGAUUACUCGCCGCACCCCUCCGCCGACAACACCGUGCCGGGAACAACCAGCCCAAAUUGACCCUCCAGAAGUUGUAACUACAUCAGAUCUUCACCAAUGGACCGGGUCAGUUGAGAGAUACCUACAAGAAAUCUGCAAUAUUUCUUCCGAGGGCAAACUGAACUCCGAACAGAAAUUGAAAAUUAGCAACCUCUGCCGAAAAGUAUCCCAAGGCUUCACCCACGUCACUGUGCAAUACCAAGCCCUGAAGAAUAAGGCAUUGAUCCAACACUACGCCUUACAAGACCUCAAAGAAAAAAAUGACCUUGCUGUUUCUUUAACGCAAAUUAAAGAGACGAUAAAAGCAUCCUGCUCCAAAUCCGUGCCACAAAAUAGCUCUUUUGCCGACAUGGUGAAAAAAGGUACCAACAACUUUGUACGUCCAAGCCCCUUAAGCUCUGUUGCAAUUUAUCCUAGUGAUAAAUCAAAGACCAGCGACGAAACUAAGAACAUUGUUCAAAAAGCCAUUUGCCCAGGAGACAUCAAUCUAAAAGUACGUGGCGUUCGCAAGAUACGUAACGGCGGUGUCAUUAUUAGCACUGAAACAAAAGAGGACUUAGAAAAGCUGAAGAAAUCAGUCCAGCUCUCUUCCACAGGACUUACCGUUGAUGAGCCGAAGAAACGUAAUCCGCGACUUAUUGUUUUAGGAAUCCCGACCUCAAUGACUGAGCCGGAAGUAUUCAAAUGUAUUUUUGAACAAAACGUUUCUGAAAAGCUUCCCAGUUUGUCCCGUGAUGCCUUCCUGGCUUCAAUAAAAUUAAGCCAUAAAUCAGGAAGGAGAGACGCCGACCACUGCAACUUCAUCAUUGAAGUUUCAGCCGCCCUACGUAAAGCCCUUAUAACGCAAGAUAGAGUGUUCAUCAACUGGACAUCCUGCCCUGUGAGAGACUUUACUAUAGUGACCAGAUGCUACAACUGCCAGCAGUAUGGUCAUGCAGCCAAGUCGUGCCAGGCUGCCGCUCCAACAUGUGGUCACUGCGGAGAUGAGGGCCACUCUAUCAAAGACUGCCCUAAGAAAGGAGCUCCGCCGAAGUGCGCUACUUGCGCCCGCUUCAAAAAGCCGAGCAACCAUCAAACUGGUGAUAUUGACUGCCCAGCUAAAAAAGCAGCAGAAAAUAGGUACAUGAAUUCGGUAAAUUAUGAAGGCGCCUAAGAGCGCCACUCUUUUUUCUUAAUCUUAGAUCUAAGUUUACUUGUUAAAUGGCCAUUAACUUAAUUAAUGAAAUUGACGAUUCCUUUUCAAACAUAUCCACUUCUUGUGAGGUUGAAGAUUGCAAAAGCUAUGUAUCCAACUUCUCAAAAUCACUAACUGUUCUCACUCAAAACAUUCGUAGCUUAUACAAAAAUAUAGAUAA